AUGACAAAUAUUUGGAAUAAAAAUGAAAUAAUCACUCCUAUGUCAGAGUACAAUUUGCUAUAUGUAUAAAUUAUAUAUCAUUAUAGUAAUAUAACAAGCAUGUUAAUUAAGUAUAAAAUAUCAAAGAAUAACCAAUGAAUGUAGAGAAACCAUUCCAUAAGAAAAAACUCAAAUGUUCAACAUCCAAAAAAUUACUUGAAAUAAAACAUCCAGAAAACACAGAAAAUAAAAUAUUAGUAUAGAAAAUCUUAACAAUAAAUAAUCAACCUUCAUCUUAUGCUUUAAAUGAUGAUUUACCUAUUAAACCAUCUAAUUUAGGUUAGAAAAUAUUAGAAAUGAGAAAAUUGAUUGAAGAUAAUGAAGUAUUAGAUAUAAAAUAAUAUAAGGGAAUUGAAAAGAGAAUCAAAUAAACUNAUAUCUAGAACCUGAUGUUGGAUUUAUUGAAACUGAUUAAUAAUAGGUUUUGUCUCGUAUUACGAAAGAUAGGAUUAUGCAUAAUAAUACACCUACUCUUGAAGAACCAUCAAAAAUGGAAUUUUAAUUAAGAAAAAAAAGAUCUAUGUUUUAUGAAGAAUCUGAUGUCUCAGAUGGAUACAAACCAUUUAAAAUAACUCUUCGAAAAACUACUUAAAUUAGAAGAUCCUAUCUUCCAAAUCCAUAAAGAAAACAAGUAUUAAUGCGAUAUGAUAUUAUGA